AUGGUGGAACACAGCGGCCUUGAUAUCAUGUGCCUGAACAAGUACUGUCACAGCUCCUCCUCGUCGUCCAGCUCCGAGCACGACAAGAAGAUUUUCACCAAGCUGAAACUCAACUUGGUGGGGGAGUACCCGAAGAAGAACGCGGAGAUUUUGAGCGGGCAAUACGGGACCAACUUGCUGCUGGUCGGGGCGGCGUUGAUGCUGGCCAUUGCGCACCACGGCCCCUUCGUCAGGGAAGAGCAUCUGUUGUCUUUUAUCACCUGCCUCAUGAUCCUUCAGCUGAUAUGGAUGAUGUGGUACAUCCUGAUCAGGGACAGACAGAAGAACCUGCACACUGAGAAAGAUGCCCAUGCCACCACAUGUUGGAUAAGAGGUGGUUUGACUCUUCUUGCGCUCCUGUCAUUGAUUAUGGACGCCUUCCGCAUCGGGUAUUAUGUGGGCUACCAGUCUUGCGUGUCAGCUGUGUUGGGGGUAUACCCUGUCAUCCAUGCGACUCACACCAUAGCACAAGUGCAUUUUCUUUGGUUUCACAUCAAAGAUGUCAUCAAAACCUUUGAAACUUUUGAGAGAUUUGGUGUAAUCCAUGCAGUCUUCACCAACCUCCUGCUGUGGUGCAGCGGUGUGAUGUCAGAGGCAGAGCACUUUCUGAACAACCAUAAGAGAAGGCUGUAUGCCCUGGGCUACGGAAACCUCACCAUAGUUCAUUCAGAACCUCACUGUAACUGCACCACCAGUGCUUGCUCCAUGUUCUCCAGCAGCCUGUACUAUCUCUAUCCAUUCAACAUUGAGUACCACAUCUUUGUCUCUGCGAUGCUGUUUGUCAUGUGGAAGAACAUUGGACGAACCAUCGACCUUUCCUGUAACAGGAAGAGGCCGGCCACAAAGACCCAUGGCCUGAUCCUGGGCCCAAUUCUUGGCUUGGUUGCUCUGGCUAGCACCAUUGGGGUCCUGGUAGUCUACAUCAUCCAUGUUGAGGAGUCCCUGCAGACACGCCAGUCUGCCAUUUCUAUGUUCUACUGCUAUGGCAUCAUUAUGCUGGUGUUCAUGUGCUCUGGUGGGGCUGCUGGUUUGCUAAUCUACCGAGCUGACCACAUGCCGAUGGAUACCACAAAGAACCCCUCUCGGCAGCUGGACACAGAGCUGCUGUUUGGCUCCUCAGUGGGUUCAUGGCUCAUGUCUUGGUGUAGUGUAGUGGCUGUGCUAGGCUCCAAUAGCAACCCACCCUACCGUUGGACCAACCUCAUAUACUCUCUGCUCAUCAUCUUGGAGAAGUAUGUCCAGAAUCUCUUUAUCAUAGAGUCCCUAUAUCGCCAGUGGAAGGACGGGGAAAGGGAUGAACUAGAGUUGCCGGCAUCUCCAGAAGUCUUCUCUGUGACUUCGUCUUUGGCCCCGCCAUAUAAUGGCAUUAUCAACCGAGCCUAUGACACUCCAGACAGGGCCUGUGUCACAAUGGAGAAUGAGCAAGAGGAAAACGGACAUGUGUACAGAUGUCCAAGGAAGCCUUCUGAGGUGCCCCUGCCUGUUGGGAACAAUGUAAUGGCGCUCCCAAGCAUGAAGAGACAAAUUCUGAAAAACAUUGCCGUCUUUCUCAUAAUGUGCAACAUCUCGCUGUGGAUCCUCCCUGCCUUUGGCUGCAGGCCACAGUACGACAACGGACUGGAACAGGAGACAUUCGGCUUCAGCAUAUGGACCACUGUUCUCAAUUUUGCUGUUCCUCUGAACCUUUUUUAUCGCAUGCACUCGGUUGCUUCCCUCUUUGAGGUUUUCCGCCGAGUCUGA